AUGAUGUCUAUUUCAUAUAAGUAUCUCUUUUUACUAAUAACUACUAUCUCCUCAAUAAUAGAAAUUAUCUUUGCACAACCAUUAGCUGCAUCAAUAUUACAAGAAAAUUGUAGUAUUAAAGGAUCAUGUGAGUCAGGGGUAUCUUGUACAGGGGCAGGUAUUAUUGGUCUAUGUUCUAAUAGCUUAUUAAAUAAAUAUGCAAUUCAAAUAAAUGGUACAAUUCCAACUGGACCUAAUUUAUUGUUAACAUCACAUUAUCAGAUACCAUGGUAUUAUACACAGGUAUUAUACCUUAUUUUAGAUGGAAAUGGGAAUCCAUAUAUUGUACUUCAUAUUGGACAAGAAUCAAUGGGUCUAGCAUUAAUGAAUCAUUAUAAUAUGAUACUAACCCAAAGUAAUCAGUAUAUUACUGUGAAUAGUAAUUUAUAUCCAGGGAAUAUUGGAAAUAUGUAUCGUGUUUCUCCUAAUGAUAAUUAUAUUGUCUGGCUAGUAUAUGAAGAUAAAAAAUUAUCACUAUAUUAUGAUUUAUCUGGUACAAUAUAUGAAAUGGCAUAUAUUAAUCUUCCUGAUGAUCCUAUAAUAAGUGGAAUUAUCCCCUAUUUUGGAGUCCAACAAAAGGCAGUAACCUUCACUCAGUUCUUUAAUUUUUCUUUAUCUAAAUUUACACGAUUACAACAAAUGUCAUAUGAUUUAUGGCAACAGAAAGUAGAUGCGAGUUCUGGGUUAUGGAGAUCUGAUUGGUCAUGCUUUUCAGGAAUUUUUGGAUCAUGCAUGCAUACAUCUAUUGUUCAAGCUGGUAAUAGUCCAUUUUCUGAAGGUUACAAAAUUUCUGUAGACCAAGGGUUAUACGGUACUCCAUUUGUUUUCAAGUUUAGUAAUAUUCAAUCUGUUGUUGCUACAUUUUCUAUCAAUUAUCCAGGAGAUAUUUUUAAUGACGUGCCAGUUACGUUAAAAAAUUUAAUUACUGGUCAAGAGUCUAAUUAUACUAUACCUAAGUCUUUAUCUAUAAAGGCAUCACAAGGUUAUUACAAUACUUAUAAUAAUCUGAGUUUCCUUAUAACUGGUGGAUACUUGUUAGUUGGUUUUGAAGACUAUUAUUUUAUAGGAGUUAAUGUAGAAGGACUUGGUAUUCAUUGUGUUUCUGCUCCAGUUUGGUUCACAUCGAUAAUAACAACAGUAUAUCCUGAACCUACUACUUUAGGAACAGCUUCUGGUCAUACAAAAUGUAAAGUUGAUGAAACUAAUUGUACUGGUAAUGAAAUGAGGCUAACUACACCACUACAACCAGGUAAUCAAAUAAAGAUUGUAACUAGAUUUGCACCUGAAAGUUCUAAAUAUAUUCAGGAACUAUUACCUACUAUACCUGGAAUACGUGGAGCAAUUACAAUGGGAGAUGGAAUUUAUAUGAGAGCAGCAGUAUUAUUUGCACAGUCUUCUGUAUCUAUUACUAUAUUUAAUAGUGUAGGAGUUUUAAUAGAUAGUCAUGCCAUAUAUUUACCAGAAAAUAAGGAAUUAAAUUACAAUGGUAUUAUACAAGUAUUUAUUGGUGUUACAAAUAAUAAUAAAUUAGCAGUUUCAAUGAUGCAUAAUGGAAAAACUCUACAACUCUGUUCUAUUCCAUUAUUAGGUAUUUCAUUAACAUCAUUCCGUGUAGUUAGUGGAUAUAUUGAGGGUAUUACAUCGAAUUUUAUUUAUUCAAGUGAUGGUUAUCCAGCAGAAGGAUACCCAGAACUUGUCAGUCAAUCAUCUCCUAAUUCUGAAAGUUGUUAUAUAUCUGUAAAUGGUAAAUGUUCUUCAUAUCAAAUUGUAGGUAUAGAUACUAAUGGUUUAAGUAGUGGUAUUUAUAGUCUUAUAGAGGCUACAUAUAUUACAUUACCAUUAACUAUUCAAUUUUUAGAAACAUCUUCAGGUAAAGAAGCUGUUAAUAUAUAUAUAAGUACAAAUGGUAUAAUUAAAUUAUCUAAUAUGUUGCAAAAUGUAUCAGUAAGUGGUAUUUUGUCAUCAACAUGUAUUUCUAAUAUCAUGUUCAAUGGCUUAUAUAUGGUAUUAUCAGUAGAUAAUGAUAAUGUAUAUUUAAUAUUAUGCUCAAGAUUAGUAGCAACAAUACCUAAUAGUGGUUUAGAUGUAUCAUUAACUGUAAUAUUUGAUGAAAAUAUUAGUGGUAUAACUAAUGUAAUCUCAGGAUUCCCAGCAUUUUCAUUAGCUUCUGAGGAAUCAUUACAAAUUAUAAAUACAAAUGAUAAUUAUCUUACCGAAUUUAAUUUAACUAGUUUAGAAUUUUCAUCUCCUUGUAGCAUGAAUGGUUUAUGUAGUGGUAGUACAUGUUCUGGUAGUGCAGCAACAGAUAUAUGUAAUAAAGAAUUAUCUGAUGGAUUUGCAGUCUCAAUUUCUGGAAUUGUUCAGCCUAUUCUUUCUUAUCCCGAGCAAACUAUAGGUAAUUCAUUCCUAUACUCUGAUACUAUUCAAAUAUUUAGUUUUAUACAAGAUAGUGGACUUGAAAUAUUUCAAUUAGUUAUUACAUAUAAUCAAAUUGCACUAAUUGAUGUUAAUGCUGGUGUAGGUGUUGGUGGUUCAUUACCACUUGGUAUGAUAUUAAAUUUAGGAUCUAAAUAUUGCAUAUGGAUUGGAUUUUAUAAUUCUAAAAUUAUUCCAAUGGUUGAAUUCCCUUAUGGUUCAAAUAAGAAGUAUGUUAUACAUUCAUUAACAAGUACUUUUGCUGAUUGGCCACAGAGUAUAUCUCAAACAUCUAAUAACAUAAAACCAAUUUCAAAGAUUAUCCCUAUUCUAUUUGUUCAGAAUCCAUAUACAUAUUCUAUUGUAUAUUCAGAUUCACUUUGGUAUCCUUGGACUGGUGUGUAUAUUGGACAAAAUGAAGGUUCUGAUAGUUGUACUUUAACAAUGUUUGGAUCAUGUAUUUCAUCAACUAUAUAUAUGCCUGCAAAUAUAGAUACAGUAUCAGAUAUUUAUCUUGAUAUAUAUCUUCAUAAUUGGUCUAAUAAUGAUAUUGCAGUAUAUUUAAGGAAUUCAGCUGAAGAAUCUAUAAUUACAUUAUCAAUGUCAUAUACAUCAAUAUUGUAUGAGGGUAAUAGAAGCUUUAAUAUGAGUAAUUUUGCAGGAGAUAAAAUAAGUUUCACCCUAUAUAAUCAAAAUAGUCGAGUAAUUAAUAUAAAAUUAAAUUACACAGCUGCUAUAAGUAUCUACAUAAAUGGACAAGUUCAAAGUACAAUUUCUACUCGUGGUAGGAAAUUUAAUCAUAUUACAACAUCUAAUAUGCCACCAAUGAAUGUUAGAUUAGUAAGAUCAUCAUUUAGUCAUCAACCAUAUUGGCAAGCUCUUGAAUAUGCAAGUGAAAUAGCUAGAUCGGAAAUAGCAGCAGGUGUUAGUGGUUGUAGUCAAAAUUCCCCAUUUUAUAAUUGGUAUUCAAUAGCAAAUGAAAUAAUUCCAGGAUCUGAAAUACAAUAUUUAUGUAUGCCUAAUCCAGAUAAAUAUACCCUUACAUUUAAGUCAAUGAUUCCAGAUUAUGUUAAUCAACAACUUGGGCAAGCCUUUAGGAAUUUCCCUGGAUUUUUACAAGCAAUAGUUCUUUUAAAUUAUGAUAAAGUUGCUUAUACAGUUAUUAUUGCUAGAAAUUAUAUUUCAUUUUAUAGUUCUGACUAUAAUGGUACAGCUUCUGAUUAUAGAAAUUGUGCUGCUAAAUUAAUAACAGAUAAAUUAGAAUUUGGAGAUGAAUAUCAAAUAUUUAUUACUGUUAAUGGUAAUAAUAUUUAUACAUAUCAAAAAGAUUUAAAUACAGGUGAAAUUGGUUUAAUAUGUGGUAUUCCAUUUACAUUAUCAUUUAAUAGUGCUAAAUAUUUAGAUCAAACUAAUGGGAAUUAUCCUGUGAGUCUUGGUGAAUUCUUUGAUUAUGUUCCAGAUAGUAAAAUUACUUCUAAUAAUGCUAAUCAGUUAUAUCCAUUGGGAUUUGUAGAAGAUAAAUCAAUUAUAUUGUCAUCUGGUUCACCUUUUUCUCUUGGUAAUAGUAUGAGUUUAAGUGUUCAAUGUAACCAUGAAAUUUCUUUUGGUGGAAUGAGUGGUGAACCUCAAAUUUAUAUUAGUAUAAAAGAUAAUAAAGUUGAAAUUUCUAAUUUAAUAGAACAAGUAACAUCUAUUGGUAAAAUUCCAGACGAAUGUAAAUGUUUAAUAAACUCAGAUAAAAUUAUUCUUUCUAUUGUAAGUCUUGAAGAUGGAUAUACUUUAGUAGUUUGUGGUAAUAUAAUUGCAUCUGUUGAUUCGAAUGGUACAUCUAUUUAUCAGAUAGCUAGUGAAGAAGUUUUAACUGUCCAUUUACGUCCUGAUAUUCGUCUUGCAGUUGCAACUAAAUCUAAUAUAAAAAAUAUUCAAAAUAUAUCAAGUGAUUCCGAUGAAACUUCCAGAACUAAUGAUAAUGAUGAUAAUGAUGAUAAUGAUAUUGGUACUAUAAAGUCAAUACCAACAGAAUUACCAAAUGAAUUUAAAAUUAUUACAACACUAUAUGUUAAACCAAGUUACAAAUAA